UCCCAACUCUUUUUCUGUGCAGAACUAAAAUUUGUUGAGCUGACGUGGAAUUUGCUGUCUAAUCCACCACGCAGUGGAGCCGGAAUUUUCAUUCACGCGGCGGCUCGUUCGUCCAGCCGGGAUUAGUGGGCCCCAUUUCCGGCACCCAAAAGUUCCUCCUAUAAAUACCCACAAUUUUCCUCCCGGAAUUACAAAACACGUGAAUCUACCUUUUUUCCACCACUGACCGGAGCGAUGGCGAGGAUUCCGGUGACUGAACGAACUUCCGGGGAGGAUAUCGACUCGAUGUGUCGGACGGCGAGUUUUUCCGAUUUGUUUUUUCGGUUCAUGGAGGAGGGAGAGACCAGAAGUAGUUACUCCGAUGACGAGGACGAUGAGAAUUCUUUUGACGUGAAUGAAAGUAGAGCGUUCUGGAAUUCUCAGGAAGAACUUCUCCAGGCAACGAUACGGAGAACGAGUUCGAUUGAGUUGAGAAUCCGCCGAGCGACGGUGGAGAUUGUAAGGGAGUUGAAUAUAGAGUCGACGAUAUGCGAGUGCGGGAGGUCGGCGGCGGGAGACUGCCGGAGCUGCUGGCGGAGAGAGAUCUGCAAUCGGCUGCAACUCGCCGGAUUUAAUUCUGCGGUGUGCAAAUCUAAAUGGAGAAGCUCGUUGGACAUUCCAUCAGGCGAACAUUCGUAUUUGGAAGUUCUGGACAAUUCGAGUUCGAGAAGAGGGGAAAUUCGGGUGGUGAUCGAGGUGAAUUUUAGGGCAGAGUUCGAGAUGGCAAGAGCAAGUGAAGAAUACAACAAAUUAAUCCGCCGAUUGCCGGAGGUUUUCGUGGGGAAAUCGGAGAGAUUAUGGAGUUUGAUUAAAAUACUCUGCUCGGCGGCGAAGAGGUGCACGACGGAGAAGAAGAUGCAUUUGGCGCCAUGGAGGAAGCAGAAAUACAUGCAAUCGAAGUGGCUGGGCAGGAGGGAGAGAGCGACGCCGGCGCCGGAGCCGCUGCCGGGAAACUUCUCCGGGCGGCCGGUGAAGCCGAAGGCGUCGAUGCUAACAUUCGAUCUACUGGACAACUUACCGGGCCUGCAUUGCACUGCCGUUGAAGUUGUUUGAGGAAUUUUCACAUAGAGUUUUAACAUUUUAGUUAAAUCAAAAUGUGUAUAAAAUUAAAAAUGAAAUAAUAUCGUGUAUAAAUUCUAAUGCCAAUUGUGAGAUUUGUUUAUAUAUUUGCUUUGUAUUUAAUCUGUGCAUCAGAUCAGAACAGGGAUGACAAUUGACAAUGAGAUUCACGGUGGUCUGUUAU